AUGGCAGAGAAGUGGCAGCCGCAGUGUGGCGUCGAGUUAGAGCCGAAUCAGUUUUACUGCUCGGUAUGUCUGGACCUGCUCAAAGAUCCCGUCACCAUCCAGUGUGGACACACUUACUGCAGAAGCUGUAUCGAGGGAUGCUGGGACCAGGAAAAAGAGAAGGGAACGUACAGCUGUCCUCAGUGUAGGGAGACCUUCAGCCCAAGGCCUGUCCUCGGGAGGAACAAUAUGCUGGCUGAGGUUGUAGAGAAGCUGAAGAGGACAGUAACCCAACAGCCCCGUCCAGCUUCUCCUCUUGCUCCUGCAGGGCCAACAGACAUUGCCUGUGAUUUCUGUUGUGGGACCAGAAGAAACAAAGCCAGCAUGUCUUGUCUGACCUGCUUGGCAUCGUACUGUCCGGCUCAUCUUGAGCCUCACCACAGUUUUCCUGUGCUGAAGCUUCACCAGCUGGUGUCUGCUACAGUGCCAUUAAAGGAAAAAAUGUGCACAAAGCACAACAAGCUGAUGGAGGUUUACUGUAAGACUGAUCAAAGAUGUAUCUGCUAUUUGUGCACCAUGGACGAUCACAGGCACCACUCAACAGUGUCAGCUGCAGCAGAAAGAGCUGAUAAACAGGUAAAACUUGGUGAGAUCCAGAGUGCAGUCAAGCUGAGAUUCCAGGAGAGACAAGAGGAGCUGAAUGAGCUGGUCCAAGCUGUGAAGGACUUCGAGAUUUGUUGUCAGACUGCUGUGAAGUCCAAUGACAGGCACUUUGACAAGCUGAUCUCCUCCAUCCAAAAACAACGUGCUUUAAUGAAGGAGUUGAUUGAAGCUCGGUGGAAAACUGCAAUAGCUGAGGCAGAAGAUCUGCAGAUGCAGCUGGAGGAGGAGAUGGCCAAGCUGAGGAGAAGAGAUGAUGACGUGGAGCAGGUUUCCCACACAGCUGACCAUAUUCAUUUCAUUCAGGUAAAAGUUGUGUUUGGAGGUGUGAAGCAGGUGCUGUGCAGAGAGGGUUUAACAGGGCGGUGCUAUUGGGAGGUCAGUUGGAGUGGUGGCGUCUGGUCAGUGGCAGCGUCUUACAAAAACAUCAGCCGAACAUCAUUCGACUCAGAAUUUGGGAAGAAUGACAAGUCCUGGAGUUUGGAGUGCUCUGCAAACGGAUAUACUUUCAGACAUAACUUAGUAGCCAAGGCAGUGUCAGGUCCUUGUACCUCUCAGAUUGGCGUGUACCUGGAUUACAGGUCAGGUACUCUGUCGUUUUACAGUAUUUCUGACUCCAUGACUCUGCUUCACAAAGUGCGCACAGUAUUCACUCAGCCUCUCUAUCCUGGCCUUGGGCUGAAGGAAGGAAGCUCUGGCUGUUAUGCAGAAGUGAAGAAGUUGUGA